AUGUUUGGAUUAGUUUUGGGAGAUGCAUUGGGUGCUCAUGUCGAAUUCAGACCCCAUAGUUAUUUGCUGGCUAAUCCAGUUAUUGACCUACGGGGUGGAGGAACAUGGGGUCUCGAAAAAGGACAGUUCACGGAUGAUGGAUCCAUGGCUCUUUGUUUAGCUAAUUCAUUAGUGGCUCGCCGUGGUUUUGAACCUUAUGAUCAAUUGGUUCGUUAUAAAUGGUGGUUUAGACAUGGUUAUAUGUCAUCGACAGGAAGCUGUUUUGAUAUUGGUGACACUACUAGAAAAUCACUUUGUGAGUUUGAAAGUCGACAAAAAGCCUUCGCUCAAAAGCAUGGUCUCCCAUUAGAAGAAAUCGAUUUCUUAUCUGAUGAGAAGCUUCUCGCAGAUUUUCCUAUUUAUUGCAGUUCAGAUGGAGCAGCUGGCAAUGGUGUACUUAUGCGUUUGGCACCUGUGCCUCUAUUUUUCUAUCGAGAUCCAGAAGUGGCCGUUGGAUUCUCUGGAAUCAGUGGUCAAAUUACUCAUGGAGAUAAGAAAGCCUUUGACGCGUGCCGUUAUUAUGGAGCUCUUAUUGUAGCUACUAUGCACGGUACAGAUAAAAAUAAACUUCUCAGUGAAAAAUUUUAUUCAUCCGAGAUGAAGCAGUGGUUUAAAAACAAGCCUUUAGAUUCAGAAAUUGAAAAUAUUGCCAAAGGAUCAUUCAAGAAGGGAAAAGGAUAUGACGAUGGGAUACGAGGUAAAGGUUACGUGGUUAAUUCUCUUGAAGCUGCAUUAUGGGCUUUUUGGAGUACGCAGUCAUUUGAAGCGGGUGCUCUAGCAGCAGUAAAUCUUGGUGACGAUACUGAUACAACGGCAGCUAUUUAUGGUCAGCUGGCUGGUGCUUACUACGGUUUUCAUAAAUUACCGCCAGAAUGGAUCGAUUGUGUCUAUGCUAAGGGCUUCAUAGAGUGCUUAUGCAAAUGGAUUGCAUACAGAGGAAGUCAACCAUACUCCAAGAAGUAA